UUCUCCUUUUAGAAUCAAGUGUUUGCUUGGUCUGUGCAUCUGACAACCUAAAAUGUCUGCAGGAUAUGUAUGGGGUUGCUUUGCUUUGUUAUUAUGUAGUAACGUCAAGUUUCGGUGGGCGGCUGAAAUUUCCUGCCGAAGUGAAGAAGGUGAACCAGUUGAUUGGUUUCUUCUUUAUAAAUUACCAAAAUACAUGAGAGAAGAGAGUCCUGGGUCUGGACUGGAAUACAUGUACAUGGAUUCUUCAACGAAAGCUUGGGCACUGAGUAAAUAUCUAGUCAAUAUGACACAGAAUGCGCUGGGACAAACACUGAUGCAACUUUAUGAAGCGUAUGAGUCCAAGAGUGACAGCACUGCUUAUGCAGUAUAUAAUGAUGAUGUCCCUUAUUCAGAUCAUUACAGCUGGAAGAAAGGGCACACAAAAGGAUUUCUAGUGUUGGACAAAUCCCAAGGUUUCUGGGGGAUUCACAGCAUUCCUCGGUUCCCGCCAUUCCCUGAGGAGGGUUAUGGAUAUCCACCUUCUGGGGAGCUAUAUGGACAAACAGCCAUCUGCAUAACAUUCAGAUAUAACCAGUUUGCAGAAAUAGACAAACAGUUGCUCUGCUACAACCCAAAGGUCUACAACUGCUCCAUGCCUAGUGUCUUUCACCCUGACCUUCCCAAUCUGCAAAAACUCUGUGCAGGGUCUGAGCUGCCUCUGAUCCCCUGGCGCCGCCUCUCCAAACUCCAGUCAGCCGGUGGGGAGAACUUCCUCCACUUUGCUAAAUCACACUUUUUUGUUGACGACAUCUACGUAGCCUGGAUGGCUCAGCAAUUGCAGACAGAUUUGUUAGCUGAAUACUGGCACCACUACAAACAUGACCUUCCCUCCAACUGCUCUCUCCAACACUACGUCUUCAACAUAAACCUAAUUAAGACCCCAUGGAACUCCACUUUCUAUUCCUUUCACGAUCAUUCUAAAUGGUGUGUUUCAAGGCAAUAUGAAGAUGAGUGGACAUGCAUUGGAGACCUAAACCGUGCCCCACCACAGGCUGGGAGAAGUGGUGGGUUCAUCUGUACUCAGAAUCGGUACAUUUACAAAGCUUUCAGACACUUGGUUUUUCAUUACCAAAGCUGCAGUAACUCUUCAGCAUGGCUAUAAAUGGGCUGCUGUCAAAUAGUGUUUAUGCCCAUUAUGUAAAGAGUGUGGAGAUUUUCCGUUAAGAUACAGUCCUGCCCUGAAAAAUGGCAUUGUGGAUGGAGUUCCUUGUUUAUUAUCUCUUAAUAUCUUCUGCAAUAAACAUUCUCACUUGACAAAUAAAAU